AUUGCGCAUGGCAUUUGUCGUGGUAUUUUAUACCUUAAUUCCGUUGGCAUUUUUCAUCACGAUUUACGAUGCAGAAACGUUAUGAUAACUAGUUUUAUGGAACCAAAGCUAGCAAAUUUCCAUUUUGCAAGAAUGAUGACAGAUCCCUCUAUAAAUAUUUCAAAUAUCUUGGAGGUUAUUAAUUGGAUGGCUCCCGAGAAAAUGAGGGAGUACGCACCAAAUUCGGUCAAAAUCCCGUAUACUCAAAAAUGUGAAAUUUUCAGUUUCGGGAUGUUGCUUUGGGAAUUUGCAUAUGGGAGGACUCCAUAUGAAAACAAGGACAUGGAUAGUAUAAUAAAACAUGUGAUGAAUGGACAAAGAGAGGAGUGUUCGUAUAUUCAUGAUCCUAAAAAUGAUCAAGCCAUAAAAGAGUACAUAAAGAUAGUUAGGAGAGCAUGGGAGCAUAUUGAAGAGGAAAGAAUUACGAUUGGUGAAUUAUAUCUGGAGCUUACAGGUUUAUUAAAAAAAGGUAUUCCAAACAGAUUUACUCCCACUGAAUCAUCGUCAUGUCCCGAAACAUCUACCAUGGCUAUUAAAGGUCAGAUGACAGAAUUAAAAUUAGAUGAUGACAUUUUUAGUGAAAAAAUUUUACCACUUGAAGAAGGAAUAAGGCUUCACAGAACUGGUAUUUGGGAAAAUAAAAAGUUAGCUUUUGGAUGUUUUAAAGAAAAUUCAAAGCUUGGAAACGCUACUGCAAUGUACUGGUAUGCGCGUUACUUUCUAGAUGGUCAUUAUACUAAUGAGAACAGAUCAGAAGAAAGAAAGUCACUUGAUAAAGCUAAAGCUCUUAAAAUUUUUAAAAUGGCUGCUGAUGAAGAUAAUGCUGACGCACAAUUAUUAUAUGCAUUUACUUUACCCAACACAAAGAGGAAUCGUGAGAAUUUUCUUAGUUAUCUUAAAAGAGCAGCUGAUAAUGGAAAUGACAUUGCAAUGUAUCAUCUUGCUGAUAUAUAUUUAAAUGGAAAACGUAAUAUACCAUGUAAUAAACAACUCGGAUUAAGGUACUUGAAACUUUCUGCAUUGAAAAAAAAUGAACUUUCACUUCGAUUGGCAAAAGCCAUGAAUGUAAAUAUCUAUGAUUCUAAUGAUGCUAAUGAUUCUUAG